UGGGAAUCGUAGUUGGCCCUCCGAGGCCAGCGACCCAAAGCGGGCAGCCCAUUGGCCGGCGGGAAAGGAAGAAGGCAGGGAAGAGAGGCACGCGUGCGCAGUUGAGGGCAGCCAAUGUGUGCUGGUGGGAGUUGAAGAUGAAAGGGGAUUAAAGAAAGGAGCUGGAGGGGUAGGAAAAGUGGGGCAUGUCCAUGCUGAAGCUUCAGGGAGCGCUGCUGCGAGGCACAGAGAGCUUUUGGUUCGGGGUAAGGAGUUACUCUUCAGCUAGGGCGAAAGAGGAAGCCAGGAAAAAAUGGGCAUGUGAGCAAGUGGAACUCUUGGAAGUGUUGGAGGCGAGAGUCAAGCAACUGCAGGCUGACAAUGUGUCGGAAGUGGCGAUCGACGAGGCCCACCUGCCUCUGUCGAGGAAGAGCAGCUUUGUUCAGCUUGCCCCGCGGAAAGCAGCCGCUCUGAGCCCAGCUCGGAAUGAGCACGCUUCCCAGCGUGAAGACAGAGUCACUUCUCAACCCAGUCGCUGGACUGAGAAGCUGAACAAGGAGAAGUCGCUCAAACACAAGCACAUACUGAGCUUAGAGACCAAACUGUUGGCUGUCAAAGUGGGCCCCAGGACUAAGGUUCUGUCGCCACAGAGAGGAGGUUUGUUGGACGAGAGAGAAGCGCAGAGAACAGCCACUGCGGAGAGCCGUACAGAAUCCAGGGGGCGACCCCCAAAAUCUCAACCCGCCAACGAAACCAAAGGCUGCUUGGAUGACACCAAGGCGACCGCAGUCCGAGGCACUUCCGGUGCGGAGUCCUUGGUUCGUUCCAGGAGCCAGAAGAGUGCCCCUGAGAAAUUGCGAGUGCCCAUCCCUAUCUGGGGCGAAUCCGAGAGGAAGCUGUCUCUGUCUCUGGUGAAGGAAGACAGGAUUCAACACGGGGAUAUCCAGCUCAGCAUUUUGUCCUAUCUGGACACUUGCCUGUUUUUGCACCAGCUCGAGAGAGCUCAUCACUGCCUGCAGUCCUAUCACCGUUCCCACAUCCAGAGGAAACUGCUCGAUGUCCGGAUGUACAAUCUUGUCAUGCAUGGCUAUGCCAAGAAGGGUUGCUUGAAUCGGGUCGGCCACCUCUUCUACCUGAUUGGAGAAGCUGGGCUGAAGCCCAAUCUGGACUCUUACGCCACGGCGUUGAGCUGCAUGGGCCGAUCUAGGGUCAAGUGGAAUGUCAUCACCAGAUGCCUUCAGCAGCUGAAGGAAGAUGGCUUCCGAGAGGAGGAUCUCUUCGGGGAAUCCAUGAUGUAUGAGGGAGAUGAAGAGGAAAUGGUGCUGAGCGCCAUACAGAGGGUUGUCCCAGCCUUCCAGCGCCCGCCUCGUUGCCCAGCCAAAACGUGUACAGUUCCCCUGCUCCGGGACUACUAUGCAAAAGGGAAGCCCGUCUCUUACCCCAAGCUGGACUUCACGGCGCAACAGCUGCGGGAACAGUUCCAGCAACAGCUGGCCUUGGAGGCAUCAGACGCGAUCACCAUCGACUCGGUGGAAGUGACCAAGCCCUUGACGGCACAAACAAUCAACGCGCGGAAAACUCUCUCCAUGCUGCGUUCUCGCUGGCGGGAGUCUCUCGUUCAAAGCCUGCGGGAGUCAAAGCUCCAUUUAGAUCAGAGGAAAUCAGGACCCCUCAGCCUAUAUCCCUUCCUCUGCGUGCUGAAGGAUAAUGAAUAUGUGGACAUUGUACUGCGGAGUAUUUCCACCCUCCCUCCGCAAGGCGAGUCUCUUGUUGUCAUAGCGAGGGAACUGGGCACCAAGAUCUACAACAGAUACAUCCUUCAGAAAAAAAACAGGAGCGGUUUGGUUGAGAAAGUUCAGAGCCUGUACGAGAGUUAUGCCCGACUGCUCGCUAAGGACACUCAGCCGGAUAAUUAUCUGCCGCGCGAAUACUGGGAGAAGCUGGCGGUGGAGAGCGGCUUCAGCUCUUCGCUGGCCAGCAAGGUUCCCGCCUGGCCCCACUCGGUGCUUGUGCAGUUAGGGUUGCACCUGGUGGAGCUGAUGGUUCAGGCUCUCAAGAUGGAGACCAACCUCCAGACCCCAGGAGUGGAGCCGAAACUCAUCCCCGUCCUGUAUCAUGUGUACUCCUUUCGCAGCAAACAGCAGAUAGGGUUCAUUAGACCCCACCCCAUCCUGACCAAUCUCUUGCUGGAGGCUGCUGAGACCACGCUCACGUUCGAUUCCUGUGUCAUGCCCAUGCUGUGCCCGCCGGUGCCGUGGGUCUCCCCCCACUUCGGGGCCUACAUCUUCUCCUCCACCAAGCUGAUGCGGUGCGUGGAUGGGGCGCUACAGCACCAGCUCUUGCUGGAGAACUGCCCCCAUGGCGACCUCUACCCCAUCAUGGACUCGUUGAACCAGCUGGGCAACUGCCCGUGGAAGGUCAACCAAGCCAUCUUGGACAUUGUCAUCUCCAUCUUCAACCACAAGGGCGAUGAGAAGCUGGCCGUCCCGCCCCCGCCAUCAGAGGCCCCCCAGCCGGCCAAGCACCUCCCUAGCGGGCAGCCCCUGGCCAAGUUGACGCUGAAGCGGGAGGUGGUACGUUGCCGCAAGAAGGCCCUGGAGAUGUACAGCCUGCGGAUGGACACCUUGUACAAGCUGUCCAUUGCCAGGCACAUGAAGGACCGGGUCUUCUGGUUCCCCCACAACAUGGAUUUCCGUGGGAGGACCUACCCUUGCCCACCGCACUUCAACCACCUGGGGAAUGACCUCACGCGGGCCAUCCUCCUCUUCGCCGAGGGGAAGCCCCUUGGGCCACACGGCCUCGACUGGCUCAAGAUCCACCUCAUCAACCUCACGGGGCUGAAGAAGAAGAACUCUCUGCGGGACAGGCUGGCCUACGCCAACGAGAUCAUGGCGGACAUCUUGGAUUCGGCCGACUAUCCGCUGACGGGCCAGAAGUGGUGGACGAACAGCGACGAACCGUGGCAGACUCUGGCGUGUUGCAUGGAGAUCGCCAAGGCCAUCAGGGCCCCUGAACCCGCUGCAUACGUCUCCCAUUUCCCCGUCCAUCAGGAUGGUUCUUGCAACGGGCUGCAACACUACGCGGCCCUCGGGCGCGACGUUAUUGGCGCUGCCUCAGUGAACCUUGCACCGUGCGAUGCCCCCCAGGACGUCUACAGUGAGGUGUCUCAGCAGGUGGAGGUGUACCGCAAGUGUGAUGCUGAGCAGGGGGUCAAAAUCGCACAGAUCUUGGACGGGUUCAUUGGCCGCAAGGUGGUGAAGCAGACAGUGAUGACGGUUGUGUAUGGGGUCACCCGCUUCGGUGGGCGCCUCCAGAUUGAGAAGCGGCUGAAGGAGAUGGAAGACUUCCCCCAGGAGCAUAUCUGGGAAGCUUCUCGCUAUCUUGUCCAACAGGUCUUCAACAGCCUCAAGGAAAUGUUCUCAGGGACUCGAGAAAUCCAGAGCUGGCUGACAGAAAGUGCCCGGCUCAUUGCGAUGUCCGGGCGGACAGUGGAGUGGGUUACACCUCUAGGGAUGCCUGUGAUACAACCUUACCAUCGCUCGAAGGUGACAACGAUUAACAGCAGUAUUCAGAGCGUCUUUCUGAAGUCGCAGCACGAUACCAACCAGAAACCCAACACAGUGAAGCAGAAGAACGCCUUCCCUCCCAACUUCAUCCAUUCCUUGGAUUCCAGCCACAUGAUGCUGACAGCUCUGCACUGCCACAGGCAGGGGCUGACUUUCGUCUCUGUCCACGAUUGCUACUGGACUCACGCGCUCACGGUCGACGAAAUGAAUCGGGUCUGCCGUGACCAGUUUGUUGAGCUUCAUAACUAUCCCAUCCUGGAGAAGCUGUCAAAGUUCAUGCUACAGAAAUACUGUCACAAUGUCCCGGUUGAGUGGAAGAAGCAGAAGACGGAUGACUACAAGAGACUGGUUCGGCUCCUCUCUAGUGUGCCUAAGAGAGGAGACUUUGACCUUGAGAAGGUGAAGGAAUCCACCUACUUCUUCAGCUGACCGUGUGCGUCGGAAGCUCUUCCUGAGGAGCCUGUCUCCGCCAUCUGUGUUUGGGCCGGCCUUUGCUACCUCCGGGGUAGAAACGAGGGGAGAGCUCUGUCUUGCCCCAUAGAACUGGAGGCUCUCCAUUGCAUCUUCCUGUGUGCUCCCCAGGGGAACACGUUCAGAACUCAUUAGGGCGUAAGGUGGUGCUGCCCCACCAACGACAGUCUGCACUCAGCCAGCCUCCACCUUAAGAGCCAAUCGGGGGGCAGCUCUGCUUGUCAUUGGCUCUGGCUGCAUAUACCAUCAGGCACUCUGCUUUCCGCCCCGCUGUCCUAAUGGGAAACAGCCACCGCUGCUCAGCAAGGCCUGGCCCCUGCCGGGAGUGCCAUCAACAAGUAACCGAUGGCAUGGAUCUCAAGGGGUGUGUGUGUUACCAAACACUGGGAACCUCCCUUUUGCUAAACUGCCCGAGAUAGCAAAGUGCGCUCAAGAACCUACUGUUAAGUGCGGAUUGAGCCCGGAGCUUCCCCCUGUGGGGAUGUUUUUGUCUCUGCACUUAGUUAUUGGGGAACGUUUUUCAGUUUUGUUCAAGCAGAGUCAUCCAGGGAGGCUGCUUCGACACACAGGGAGAACUGUUUUCUAAAUGCCAGUAAAUAAAUAAAAAGCGUUAAGAAAUCUC